GGGAGGCUGCCGCCCACCUGAACAGAGCACUGCCCCCUGUGAGAGCCGCCGGCCCGCCCGCCCCAACUUUCACUUCGUGCCCUUUUCUUCGAAAACUUUGGGCGUCCCGGAUAGUUUGGGGGUCGGUGGGGGCUUUUGUAGUAGCUGAUCCCUGGGGCCACUUUCGAAGUCACAGAUCACCCGCCUGGCACUCAGACCCCCGGGGAACCACGCUGGGAUGAAAAUCCCCGUCUGCGUCCGCCAUCCCCAGCUGGAGAAAGCUGCUUGCGGAGGGCUGGCUGGGCCGCGGCAGUGACAGAAGAGUUAUAUUUAGGCACAGGUGCCGAAUGUGGCUGUCACAGGUCUAAAAUGCUUUUCUGUCUUUACUCGCUGGCGUGCCUUCCCAUCUAUAUUUAGGUGGCUUACUGUAUGUAGCUUUUAAGGUCACUGGCUUUCCACGCGCUGCUGGCGAUUCACAGGCGCGCUCCCUGAAUUCAUUGUGACCCGUUUCUGGGGAGCCCCUUCGAGGAGAGCAGACCCCCGCUUUAACUGCACAUCUCAGCCCGCUGGCAGCAGGCGCCCGUGGGAAAGCCUCUGACCCUGGUUCAGGUGGAGUGUCACAGGGCACACUCGGAGUGAGCUCCUGGCUGUGUCGCAUACAGGUGGAGGGACUCCGCUUUGGGGGUGAUAGAAUCUGCUGUGCAGUUCCCUAGAGAGGACUCAUUCAGUCACUCACUCAGCAGACACCUCCCGUGUGGUCCUACUUCGUGCCAGACACACUGUGCGGGCCUUUUCUGUACGUGUCUGCAUGUAGUCGCUGUCCACUUUAUCUGUUGGAACCUUUUUACUUUUUCUCCUGAGUUUGUCACUGCAUUAUUAAUGUCUCUUCAAAACUAGAUUAGAUCAGUUCUCCCCACCCCCUCCCUUGCUCCGGGACAACUGAGACGCUGUUGGUGUGCUGGUUUUUGUUUUGUGCCGUUGUCCUGCGUUGCUAAGCGUCGGGCAGCCUGUGUUUGUUGUCGGGUGCUCCGCAUGGAGUCAGUACGCGUCUCAUCUGUGGCCGGUUUAGCACGCUCGUCCCUUUCAGGCUGUUGCCGUAACUGGCUUUUGAGAUGAGUUUGGUCUUUCGUUCGAUUUCACUGUAACUUUUAGUUUUCAUAAUAUUUGCAAGUUAAAAAAUUAUAAAAGAGCAUAAUAGUGCAGAAAUGUUCAGAAUUUGGAGGAAAACCCCCCAAGUAUACAUCACCCUAACCGCUAUUAUUGUGUUGCUUCUGAGGCUUUUCCCAGGAUGACCAUAUUUCUCGCCGUUUCAUAUUUUAUCACAGUUUUCCAAGUUGCCACGUGGUCCCCAAAGCCAAGGCCAUUUUUUUCCCAGCGGCACAGCAAUUUCAUUAAGGUCCUGCGGCCGAGCAUCACAUUCUGAGAGUUGAGCUGGGCAGAGAUGGGGUACAGGCAGGAAGCUGAAUCAAGACUCGGAGCGCUGGGCCCCCAGAGGGAGGGUGGACAGACCCACUAGCGGUUGUGGGAGCCCCCGUCCCAUGUGAGACCUGGCCUCUGGUUGAACGCUCCAAGUGACAGGCAUUCCUUUCCUUCUUAGAUCAACCAUUAAUUCUGUUAAGUCCAAGUGUCUUUCGAUUAUCCAGAAUAUUUGGUGUUUCUGGUGGACAUUCUCACGAAGCAUAUUUAUCUAGUCUCUGACCGACACACGGGCCCAGAAAGUCUCCGAGGGCAGCUGGCCUUGAUGCACUGUGAUCUUCCAUGCCAGGCACCUAAUCCCGACCCCUGCUCUCCUGCUGCGGAAGGGGCAGCAGUGAAUGAACAUAUCCCAAGAUCUAGCUGCCUCGAGUAUGAUUCUGAUGUCUCUCCAAGACCUAAUUUCUUUCGUUACCCAGUUAUUUGUUAGCUAGUAUCAACUAUCAUUUAUUAGUUACUUAUCAGAUCCCAAGUGGUGAUCUGUAAUACAAGAGAAAACGUAGUUAUCAGUCAGUUUCUAUCUUCACAGCACCUUUUUCCUGGAUGUUUUAUGGAGCCAGCCCCAUUAUGGGGCAUUUACGUAGACAUUCGUCUCACAGACUAAACGGCACCUCUGAGGGUCGAGACCCUAUGUCAUCUAUUCAUUUCCGAAUUUCCAGAACCCAGCCGUUCAUCUAACAAAUAUUCACCAGUGUCUUCCACACGCCAGACCCUGUUCUGGGUUCGAGUCACAGUGGUGAACAAAGCCGACCGAACUCCCUGUCCUCUCACAGCUGACGCUGCAGAGGGGACGCGGUCUGAGCAGCGAGUGUCCUGUGCUGAGGAAAAGCAAGGGGUUCGGGGGAGCGGGAGCAGGACCGCAGGAAGGCGGGGGCCGAGUGUCAGGCUGGGCUCGUAGAUCCGAGCAGGACCGGCCUUUACUCCGAGUGCAGUGGGCCGCCUUGGAGAGUUUGGGGCUGAGGGUUGACGCGACCGGCAGGCUGGGUGAACAGCCUGGAAGCUGGGGUGAGGACGGACGAUGGGGGACCACUGAGGGAGGGUACCGCAGUCAUCCGGGCACGGGGUGGUGGCCUCUGCCAGGACAGGUGUGCUGGUGGUGGUAAGGGAUGGAUUUUGGAUAGUUUACAGUGUUCGGAUUUUCUUGUAAAACUUCCGUGAACCUACAGAAAAGAUGAGUGGUCCAGUGAGCAUCUGCGUUUCCUUCGCCCGGUUCGGCUGUAACUAUGUCGCCACACUUGCUCUGCCUGCUUCUCACAUUCUAUUAUUAUUUGCUAGAGCUUUUGAGAGGAACUUGCAGACGUCAUCAUCACCGUUCGCCCUGAACACUUCAACACGUUUCACCUGGGAGAAACUCCCCUCUUGUAUAUAACCGUAGCACGGUGGCCAAACUGAAGAAGUUUAACAUCAAGGGCAAACGAUUCACAUUUCUUCGGUUAUUCCGAUGUCCCUGGUAGCCAUUUUUCCCCAAGUGCAAGAUCCGACCCAGGACCACACUGCAUUUAGUUUCUCUCUCAGUUUUGCAGAAUGUCCUUCGGUUUGGGUUUUCCCAUUCUUACAACUGGGUUCCAAUGAAAUGCGCUUGUUAGGAACGUGACGUGGGGUAUUUUUUCUGUCUUGGGGUACUGGAGAGAUUUGAAGGUAGCAGCAAAAGGCCUCGUUGACAGAUGAGAUGGGAGGUUUGGGCGCUGCCAGCGAGCGAGACACGGAGGACUGUGGCGGGGGCAGGACUUUGUGGAAAAGGUCAGGCGUACAGGUUUGCACAGCGUGCAGCCUGCACGCAGAUGGUGCUCCCGGGAGGUCUGUACUUGGCCUCCAUGCUAGUAAAGCAGAAAGCACUUCUCACGAGCUGGGAGGCGGCGGCGGCUUCAGGUUAGGUCCUGGCCCGGGCUUACUGCGUGCGUCCUGUUCCACUCGACUUCCUCCUGGCCAGUGCGGCCAGCGUGGGACAAACUGUCCUUCCCUGCGGCUCUCCCCCUCAUUCUCUGCAGUGGCCCUGCCACUAGCCCCUCGAUAAUGUCUGCCCCAUGUGUCCCACUUCGCAAGAGGAGUAAGUGGAAAAAUCGGGCUCCAGAUCAGGGACAAAGCGGCCGCUUUGGAGGGGCGGGUGCAGGACACCUCUGUGGUUGCAUUCAUGUGGUGGGUUUGCUUAACGACUCAACUCAAACCUGCUCUCUUUCUUUUCAAGUUUAAGCUCAUCUCCCAGGCAUACGAAGUGCUUUCAGAUCCAAAGAAAAGGGAUAUUUAUGACCAGGGCGGUGAGCAGGCCAUCAAGGAGGGAGGCUCGGGCAGCCCCAGCUUCUCCUCCCCCAUGGACAUCUUCGACAUGUUCUUCGGUGGCGGAGGGCGGAUGGCUAGAGAGAGAAGAGGCAAGAAUGUUGUACAUCAGUUGUCUGUAACUCUUGAAGAUUUAUAUAAUGGAGUCACAAAGAAAUUGGCGCUCCAGAAAAAUGUGAUUUGUGAGAAAUGUGAAGGCGUCGGUGGGAAGAAGGGGUCCGUGGAGAAGUGCCCGCUGUGCAAGGGCCGAGGGAUGCAGAUCCACAUCCAGCAGAUCGGGCCGGGCAUGGUGCAGCAGAUCCAGACCGUGUGCAUCGAGUGCAAGGGCCAGGGCGAGCGCAUCCACCCCAAGGACCGCUGCGAGAGCUGCAGCGGCGCCAAGGUCAUCCGGGAGAAGAAGAUCAUCGAGGUGCACGUGGAAAGAGGCAUGAAAGACGGCCAGAAGAUCGUGUUUCACGGAGAAGGAGAUCAGGAGCCAGAGCUGGAGGCUGGCGACGUCAUCAUUGUGCUUGAUCAGAAGGACCACGGUGUCUUCCAGAGACGCGGCCACGACCUGAUCAUGAAAAUGAAGAUUCAGCUUUCCGAGGCCCUUUGUGGCUUCAAGAAGACAAUAAAAACGCUGGACGACCGAGUCCUUGUGAUCACAUCCAAACCAGGUGAGGUGAUAACGCACGGGGACCUGAGAUGUGUGCGUGAUGAGGGGAUGCCCAUCCACAAAGCACCCCUGGAGAAGGGGAUGCUCAUCAUCCAGUUCUCAGUGAUCUUUCCCGAAAAACACUGGCUUCCUGCAGAACAGCUUCCUCAGCUGGAAGCUCUCCUCCCUCCUCGGCAGAAGGUGAGGGUCACGGAUGACAUGGAUCAGGUGGAGCUGACUGAGUUCAAUGCCAACGAUCAGAACUGGCGCCAGCACAGGGAGGCCUACGAGGAGGACGACGAUGGGCCCCGGGGGGGCGUGCAGUGCCAGACGGCAUGAGGUGGCCCCCCGGGCUAGCUCGCGACGAUGUAAAGGUGGCACAAUGAAAGCGGAAUCACUCUAACGGCCUCUGUCUGGGGUGUCCUGCGUGUAUGUUCAGCAUUCUGUCUUUUCGGGGUUUUUUUGGUUGUAACUUAUCGCUUAAUUUAUAUUUAAAUGUUUUAAGUGUAAAUCACCUCUAGUCUGCACACGGAAUCUGUUUAUUUACAAUUCCAGGAUGCUUUGGAGAUGCCGGAGACUGCACUGACACUUUGUGCUUCUAGUGGCUUUGCCAUAAUUCAGUUCCACCCGCUCAGCCCCCGGGAACGUCCAGCCCCACGGGGUGAGCUGGCCCAUCUCUGGCCCGGGUUCCCCCCCAUCCCUCGCACAGGUCCUAAGGGUGUGAUCUCAGGGCUGCCAAUGUGACAUUUCUGGGUCUAGAUUCCAGCCGAUCCACCUCGAGUGUGGGUCACGCUGACUAGGCUGCAGGGCCGACUCGGCUCCCAGUGUUCUGUGCCCCCGAGUGACGAAUGGGGAGUAAGUGUGUCUGAUCACUGCUCUUGGAAGCUUCCAAGCCUCGUGGUGAGGACAAACCCAUGUUCUACAACGAAACGCCGAGGAGCUGUCUGCCUGUGCCCCGGACCUUGUUCUCUGUGGUUUUAAUGAUCUCCUGGUGACGACUUUUACGAUGGUCACCCACCAAAGUGCUUAUUUGUAAAGAAACAGAAACCUUCCGUGUCCCCAGCAGCCUCCGUGCAGCAGCAGGAGCCACGGCAGGGUGCUGGUGGCUCGGCACGGCACAGCCCACCUCCUGGGUGACGGGAGGGUGUGGAGGACAGGCCGCCUGUUUUCCGGCUCAUUCCCCGACUCAGCCUCUCUUCCAGACCAUCGCCCCUCUCCCCGCCCAGCCGUAGGCUCCUUGCACGGACUAGUGGCACGUGGCUGCGGUCUGUGUGGGCGCCACUGUGAGUGACGGCUUGUCUGGAGGAGGGCUCGGUCAGUACCUUACUCCUGGCAGGGUGACAACAGUGUAUGUAUUGGGGUCGCCCGCAACCCAUAGCCAUUCCCAUAGUCGUGAAGGAAAUUCACCUUCUGUGCAGCUGAGUCAAAGCAGAGGCUCCCGUCAGCCCCAUGGCCACUUGGUGACACAGUACCUGCGAGUGACUCAGACCAGGGACCUCCCCUAGAAGGGUCAGAGGGCAGACCAGACCCACGGCAGGUAGGGUGAGCAUCAUGUGCUCCAAAAUAGGUACAUAUGGCCCACCUAUGCGCCGACCACUGACCGGGACGGAGACGACACCUAUUCUUCCAACCAGGCCCACGUGAAAACCCACUUAAAGAUGGACCACAAGUGCAGGGUGGUGUUUCUGCGCUGUGACUUCCUAACCAAUGACUGCGAGACAGCUGUUUAGUUGAUGACGGGGCAGAGUUACAUUCAGCUCCUUCCCUGUCACGUAAACGGAAUCUGGAGGGUGUUGCUUAAAAUUCAUCCUACCUGUACAUCUGUCACUUUUAAAAUUAAAGUUGAGCUGGUAUGAGAAA